AUGAUGAACAAGAAAAUUCACGGCAUACCAAUUAAAGAAUAUUUCACAAAUCUAGUGUCUAAGAAAGUCGAAGUUGAACCAAAUAAUCCAGCAUUCCGAUGUUUCAAUAAUAAAUUUCAUGUUUAUCCUGUUGCAAAAUUCAUGUUUAUGCUCAGCAUGAGUUGUUGGUUGAUCAUACUUGGCAUUUUGUUUCCAUGGAGCAUAAUGAUCGUUUGGAUAGCAAUAUUGUAUUUUUUGUUAACAAUUUAUGCUCUCCAACAAAAACAAGCUACCUGUCUAUGGCCAGCUAUCAUACAUUCGGCUUUAGCAAUAUUAAUUUGGUUAUCUGGAACAGUCGUUCUGUUUACAACAGCGUUAUUUAGCACGCAGACAUUUCUGGAUACAUUUGGACAAGGCCAUCAACAACAAUUCAUUGUAAGAUUUUUGAUAGUCUUAAUGAUCAAGACUGCAAUAAUACUUGUUGGUCUUUAUUUCAUUUACCAACUUUUCGUAUUCAAUCAGUGCCGUAAAUAUUUCGACCAUGUACGGAAUGCUGACUUGCCACAAGCUCCUCAGGAAGAAGCAGUGGAGUUGGAAGUGAUCCAAGAUAAACCGUAG